AGCGCUAUGUAAUAUAUUAUAAUAUAAACAUUUAUUUUUUAAGAGCUUACACACGCACAUACAUAUGUAUAUACUAUAUGAUUUAUUCAUUUAUAUUAACAAGACAUCAUCUCACUAUAAUGAGGCCUAAUAUAAAGAUUGAGACAUGACUCAUCACUCUCAUCAUUAUCAUUUAGCCAAUCGCGAAGUUUCACCGUAAGGAUUCUACUCAUCAAAUCAAAGAGCAAAUGAGAUUUAGGCCUUCUAAAAAUACCAGUGUGUUCAUAGUGAGACAACACGUUUCUAGUUGUAAGUAGAUUACAUCAGUUUACCUGCGAGGAGAAUGCGGCACAUCACGUCCACCUCAGUUAUCGUGGCCAUUUUCACAUGAUCAACAUUGUGAGUUUUGGGCAGAGAUGGGUCAAAUUCAAAGCGAUGAAGAUAAGGAAGUGGAGCUAGCAGACAUCCAGCCACUUUAUACCAAAUUCAUGAGAGAGUGCCCAAGCGGAGCCCUGCAUCUUCACGAAUUCCGCAAGAUCUUCGGAGUCCAGAGCACAUCAGAAGAUGAGGCUUUGUACAUGGAAACCCUCUUCAAAUCUUUCGACACAAACAGGGAUGAUGUUAUAGACUUCAUGGAAUUUGUAGCGGCCAUCCACCUGGUUCUGAGAGGAAAACUGGAGGACAGGUUGAAGUGGUCGUUCAAAGUCUACGACGGAGAUGAUAAUGGAAAGCUGGACAGACAAGAAGUCAAACGUGUUAUAAAGAUCAUUUGCCAGCUCAAGAAAAAACACAUCAACUUGACGCCCAGUGACAUCUGUGACAAGAUAUUUAAUCUUUUGGAUGAGGACAAGGAUGGUCAAAUAUCCCUGUCAGAGUUCAUGGAAGGGGCAAAAAAAGAUGCCUGGAUUAUGGACAUCUUAAAACUGGACACUAAUGCACGGGGCUGGUUCAGGGAAAACUGGGGGAAAAAAACAUGAGUUUUCAAUAAGGUCAAGGCCCGUGGGCUGAAACCUGCGUGACCUUUUACAAUCUUUCAAGUGUUGGGGGCUGCAAACGAAAGAGACCUGGUAUGGGGAUCAGAAAAUAUUUGCCUUCUGUCACAAGUGACGUACGUGCCUCAUCACUGAGCACAUUCAACUAGUGCGCAUGUGUAAAAGCGGCUCACAUUUUCUUCUUGCCGUGGUGCUGAUGCUGGUAUUUAUUUAAUUAAUGAAUCGUAGUUAGUUGUACCA